UAUGUGUCAGUGUCCCUCGUCCCAACUACCUACCUAGGUAGGUACCUAGGUAUUCAUUCAUAGUAUCACUGAUAAACCUACCAGCGCGCGGAUCUCCCGACUUAGAUAAGGUACCCAGGAAGCAAACACCACCAGGUCGUGACAGCGCACCAGGUCUACACACUAACUUACUUUUUUUUCUUUUUCUUCCUAGCAAUUUUCCUCUUCAUAUAACACUCAUACAAGCCUAGCAAGAGGGGAAAAAGGCCAAAACAACAUAAGCAUACAACAUGUGUUCAUCACCCUCCAAGUCAAGAGCCCAUACGCCGGGCACCAUUGCGACACUGGCGAGCUUGCCCUUCGAGAUAAUUACUCUUAUCGCGUCCAAUGGAAUAUUUUCGCGACAAGAUUGGAAAGUGUUGCGCCUCAUUUGCUGCUCCUGGGAACAACCCGUAGCAACUCUCCUUUUUCAGCGCAUCGGUAUUUCCCGUCUUGUAAAGGACCGGAUUGCCUUUGAACAAAUCGCCGCGCAUCCACACCUUGCCAAACAUGUAAAAUGGAUCGUCUGGUAUGAGCCUCGCCUAGAGGAUUGGAAAUCCAAACCCACAACAUUUGAUAAUUAUCAAUUUCUGUCGGAUGCCAUGCGUGAUCUGGAUCUAUUCUGGCUGUCGACGGAAGAGGUGGUUGAUACUCGGCAGCAGGAGGAUCGUAAAAAUAUCAUCGUCACCUUUCUAAAUCAAUUUUCCGUAGCACUGGAUCGAAUGCCCAAACUAAACACCCUCGUUUCAUGCGCCUUACCAAAAGACAGAAUAUUCCCUCAUAAAGGAUCCGCUUACAAAGGAUAUGAUUAUCCUCAAUAUAUCGGUGACCCUUCCAUUUAUACAGGAGUCACGGGCAAUACUACCGACUUCUUUACAUCCACUUUGUUUAUAUGGAUGAAUCGAACAACGCCCGAAACCUAUCUUCUAAGCCAACUGAACGAGAGACUUUGGAAAAACCUCCCGCCUAAACUCGAUCCUCAAUACACUUUCAGUACGCUCACAUCUAUCGAGUUAUACAUCGACCCGAUUGCUGCAGGGUAUCUCUCGGUACUUAUACCAUGUCUAUCCGCAGCAAAAGAGUUGAGGAAAUUAUCAUUACAUAUCUGGACAUGCAGUGAAGACAUGGAAUUGGUCGCGAUACAAAUUUUUCAGCGGUGCUAUUGGCCUAAGUUGACGUCCCUUUCGCUCAGCGGUCUUAGGUUAUGGAAAACUCCUCAAAUCGCCCUUUUUCUCAGAGAACACAGGCACCACUUGCGACGCCUCAUAUUUGACGGGAUUAUCAUCAGGACCCCAUAUUUGAUCAUGCUGAGAGACUACUCAAACCUUCAACUGGAUUAUAUUGCGCUCAUCCAUAUCUGGCCCCUUGAAACUGCGGUGUCUAGGGAAAACGUCCUUGCUUUCCUCGAUAGGACAACUGCUGAAAUCGUCGACGAGAACGGUGAUGUGAAACCCUAUGCUGAGGAAAUACAUACGGAAAAAUUCGUCCGUCCUUCUCGGGCCCGUCCUACCGCGGCUACGAUUUACGACUAUCGCGAUUGGCAUUUGAUUGACUAGAGAUUUACUCGAAUGAGUGAAGACUCUAGGAUGCAGGGGGGAAACAGUGGUUAUUGACUUCGGAUGGCGAUAAUGCGAUGUUUUUUCCAAUUGCGUGGUUGGAACAUUCGGUUGGGGGUUGACAAGGUGGUGUCGAUGGUGGGAGGGUGGGCUUUAUAGGCGGUAUUUUCUCAGCC